GGAGCCUGGAACGGCUCAAAGGGGCCUGGGAGAAGGGAAGAUUUUUUCGCUUUGGGCCGAGAAAGUUCUCGGAGCACAACUGUGCGGCAUGUUCCCGACGCCGCACUGGGCAGGAAACGGCAGGAAAGAAACGGUCCCUGUCCCCAACCCCGCCCUUUUCAGGCCAUCUUCAUCCUGGGAAGAAGCGACAGCCGCCACAACCCCCUUUCCCCCUCCCAUUUCAGGUCGGUGUGCGGGCGAGGUGGGAGGGCGGAGAGCUGGACGCACCUCAGUAUUCCUAGUCGGAGCCGGUCACACCCGCGUCGUCUCCUCUCCCACCCACAGGCCUGGCUCAACGCUCCCUCCCGGCCUGCCUCCUUUUCCUCCCCCAGCCGCUCUGCCGCCAGCGGGACUUGCGGUGGCCGGGGGGGUCCCAGGAUGCGGGACAGGUCAGAGCUUUUAUUGGACCCACUUCCGCCGGGGGGAGAGACGCGCUUCGGAGCCUCCCGGCGCCCUGGAAGGGACCCAAAGAAGAGCUCCGUGUUUGCUCCAUAGCACGUCCAACACAGGAUCUCCCCUCCCCUCCGUGUCCCUCCAGCUCGGAUCCCCGGUGCCCGUCGCACGGGCGUUUCAUGCCCCCGGCAGGACGGCACCUGGGUAGAAGCCAUCCCGCCUGCCCCUGCCAGGUGGCUGGGCCGCGCGCCAGCUGCAGCAGGUGACGAAUGAUCUGGCCACGUGACUCUGCCUCUCAGGGAGGCCAUUAGCCGCGGGGAAGCUUCCCUUCCCUGCUAGCUUUUGUCUCGGGUGUCAGCUGCCCAGCGGAGCCGCUGCCCGAGAAGUCUGCUGUGCGUGGGGAUAUGUCAGGGGCCUGGCGCCCGCGGGCUGGGCCUGGCACAGGAGCCGAGCCCGUAGCAGGCUGGGUUUGUGUUUUGAAAGCCCUUUGGCGUUUUUGCAUCUGGUGGUUUGGGGUCUGAGUGGAGGAGCCUGGCCAGCAGCUCGCCCCCGGGGGAAAGGGGCUGGCACGUUCCUGCCCCUCGCGUGAGGCCAUGAGACCGUGCGUCUCGUUGUGUGGCGGUGCCUGGGGGCGCCCGACACCAGCGCUUCUGAGCCUCACCAGUACGACUGGCCCACAACCCCCUCGUGAGACCGGCGAGGGGCAGCCCUGGGUCCAGCAAGGAGUGAUUUGUUCGUAGUAGAGUUCAGAAUCCAGGAAUCCUGGCUCUCAGCCCCCCGCCCCUCUAAGCACUAACCCCACUCCCUUCCCAGAGCCGGGGAUGGAACCCAGGAGUCCUGGCCCCUCUCCCCUUCCCCCCCUGCUCUAACCACUAGACCCCAUUUCCCCCUCCCCCAAGCCAGGAAUAGAACCCAGGAAUCCUGCUGCCCCACCCCCCCGCCUAACCAGCAAAGCCAGAAAUGGACCCCGCUGGCUCCGGCCGAGUGGAAAUACUGACGGGCUGUUUAUUUUUAGCAGCAGGUUCGUGGUUCAAACCCCGUUAUCACCUCCGCGUGCCUGCCUGUCCGUGACCCAGGCCGGGAGCGAACGCUGUCCCCCGGGUGCCCCAGCCAGAGGCCUCAUAGCUCCCUGCCGGCUCCCGAUUCCCAGGGCAUUGGGUUGCUCCAUUUCGGGUGUCGGUGGGGGAGGUGAAAGCCCAGCCUGCCCCCGGCCAGCGAGCUCUCGUUUUCUUGGCAGGAGGUCGGGGCGAGGCAGGUGAUUUUGGGACUGAUCCUGCCUCAGUUUGGCUGCUGGGGGCCGGACAGGGAAGCUUGGGCUUCUCUGCGUUAGCAAGAAGGGGCGCUUUUCCUGCGGGGUGUCGGCUGCGUCGCAGUGACCAGGCCGGGAGGCCCCGGGGCAGCCGGUCUCGCCUCGCCGCCACGGGGGGAAAUGGGCCGCCAGGUUGUCCCCCCUGGACCGUAGAACCAGUCGGACCCGCUGUGUCACGCGGGUCGCUGCAUUCCCCCAGGGGCCCCUCCAGCAGGACGUGUGUGUGGCUGAGGCGUGUCUCUCUUCUCCCCCGUGUUGGUCCCAAGGCUCUGGAUUUGAAGCCCUCAAGGGAUGGAGAAAGGCUGGCUCAGACCCAUGGUCCUGCUGGCUCUGACCAUGGCUGGCGCUGGCUGCUUCAGAAGGAAUGAACAGAACAGGACAAUUAUCGCGUGAGCCAUCCCCUGCCGUCCAGUCCCAGCUUGGGGCAGUCAGAGGUUUAGGGACACCCAGAGCAUGGGGUUGCGUCCCUGACCAUCUUGGCUAAUAGCCAUUCAUGGACCUGUCCUCCAGGGGCUGAAUUCAUUCCGUUUUGAACCCAGUUCUCCUCCACAACAUCCCCUGGCAAGGAGUUCCGCAGGUUGUCUGUGCGUCGGGUGAAGUCCUUCCAUUUGCUUUCAUCCUGCCACCUGUUCGUUUCCCCGGGUGACCCCCGGUGGGGGUGUUAGGCGAAGGGCCGCUGCGUCUGCCUGUUUUCCUCCACCGCCCCGUGAGAAACAAAGGUCGUCGUGUGGCUGGGCCCUGUCGUCAGGCCUCUGCCACGAUCUGGCUUCCCAGGAUCCCCCGGACCUGCUCCUUGGGGGUGGGUCGGUCCCACCGGCUGCCUUGGGGGGUGCCGAUUGCACGUGGCCGUGGGAUGCCGGGCAGCGCUGGCAGGGGGCAGGAGCCGCUUUGUAGCGUGGGCCGAGGGUGACCAGACAGCGAAUGUGACAAAUCAGGACGGGGGUGGGGGGUAAUAGGAGCCUAUAUAAGAAAAAGACCCAAAAACUGUCCCUAUAAAAUCAGGGCAGCUGGUCACCCUACAUGGGGGGCUCAGCGGCAUCCAAUUGGAUCAACUCCACUGUUGCUCCGAGCCCCGGAUGUGCACAGGCCGGGGGCUGGUUUCCCCCGCUCUGCGCUCUCCCUCCCCCCCCGCCCCCCAGCCUUUCAUCCCAGCAAGGACGUGCCCGGGCUCUGUCAUCCUCUGCUCGAGUCCUGGGCAAGUCCUCCCCUCGCUCCCUGCCUCAGUUUCCCCACAGGGCAAUGAUCCUCCUCCUGCACUAUGCGCUCCUGGCUGGGCCAAACGCCAGGGCCGGCUCUGUCCUGCCGCUCCCCUUUGGUAGGACGGGUGGCAGGGCCCCAGGCUGGGUUUUGACCCCGAGAAGGGAGCGGGGCUGGAGGCAGGAAACCGUCAGGAACUUGGCCGUUGCUUCGACACGGGAGGGCCCUGCCACCACGCGGAUGGAGGCUGGGGACGAACCCGCAGGAGCCAGGGGAAGGAGCCGGGAGCUGCCCCUGCCCCGUCCUGGGGGAGAGUCUCCCAGCUCCCUGGGUGGCCAAACCUGAAUCUCUCCCCAGCCCCACGCGGUGCGAACGCUCCCUGCCCGGCGCUGGGGAAACAUGUCCAGACAAAGGGGUGGCAGGUGAUGGCCACGGACCUGCCCGGACUGGGGAGGCUGAGAGCCGUAGAACCAAACAGCAAACCCUGGAUGUGAUGGAAACCAGGCUGGGGGGUGGGGGUCAGCCCCCCCAGUCCCAGCUAGGGUGACCAGACAGCAAGUGUGAAAAAUCAGGACGGGGGUGGAGGGUAAUAGGAGUCUAUAUAAGACAAAGCCCCAAAUAUUGGGCCUGUCCUUAUAAAAUCGGGACAUCUGGUCACCAGAGUCCCAGCCCCCCCGGGCUGGGUUUUCGGACGCUCUGUGGAGCCGGCUGGGGACGGGGCGUUUCCUGCAGAGCCCGGAGCCGAUUCAGCUUUAUGAAUAUUUGAUGGCAGAUGAAAUCGUGCCGGGAGCUUGGCUGACAGGCCCCACCCUUCCCUCUGCCUCGUGCGUGGGCAGGGCUGCCCGGGUAUUUCAGGACUGGUGCUUUGCUUUGCCUUUUCCUUCCCACCGGUGGAGGGGGGCCAGGGGGUGGUUUGUACGCUCCGGGUUUAGGACGUGACUCAGAGGCGGGUGAGCGUCGCGCAGAACCAGCAAGAGGAGCCGAAUCGCCUGGAGGCUCCGUGAUGGCAGAGGACCAUGAAGGGGACCAAGCUGCUGACGGUGGCCUUGGCCCUGCUGACGCUGCUGGCCCUGAAGGCCUAUAUGGACUGGAGCUUGGAGCAGCCCGAGCACCUGCCCGCCCCUGAGCCCGCCUGGCAGCCCAGCCCCCUCCCGCUCACCCAGCCGCUGGGGGACGACCCGGCGGGGCUGCUGCUCCUUCUCAAUGCCUCUCUCCAGCGGCUCCGCCGCAGCGUCCCCGAGGCGGACGCCUACUGGAACCGGCAGCUGCGCGGGCUCUUCCGGGCGCUGGAGGGGGGGCCGGCCAACGGCACGUGGGGCUGCGGGGACGGGCCGGCCGCGGCGGCUGCCAUCAGGGACUUCGCCUCGUACCCGGACCAGCACCGGCGCUUCGUGCUGCAUGCCGGCUGCCGCAGCUUCCCGCUGCUGGUGAACCAGCCCCGCAAGUGUGCCGGCAACGGGACCUUCCUGCUGCUGGCCAUCAAGUCGGUGCCGGGCAACUUCGCCGCCCGCCAGGCCGUGCGGGAGACCUGGGGCCGGGAGGGGGCGCACGGGGGGCAGCCGGUGCGCACCAUCUUCCUGAUGGGCGCGGCCCACGGCCAGCACCAGCCCGACCUGCGGCGCCUCAUCGCCGCCGAGAGCCAGGCCUACGGCGACGUCCUGGUGUGGGACUUCGAGGACACGUUCUUCAACCUGACCCUCAAGGACUUCCUCUUCCUGGGCUGGGCGCGGGCGCACUGCCCCGACGCCCGCUUCGUGCUCAAGGGCGACGACGACGUGUUCAUCAACACGCCGCGGGUGCUGGCCUACCUGGGGGCGCUGGACACGCGCCGGGCCCGGGCGCUCUACACCGGGCAGGUCAUGGCCAACGCCUCCCCCUUCCGCCAGGCCUCCAGCAAGUACUACAUCCCCGAGUCCUUCUACGCGGGGCCGUACCCGGCCUACGCCGGCGGGGGCGGCUACAUCUUCUCGGGCCGCCUGGCCCCGGCCCUCUUCCUGCUGGCUCAGCACGUGGCCUUCUACCCCAUCGACGACGUCUACACCGGGCUCUGCUUCCAGGCGCUGGGGGUGCGGGCCGAGGCCCACCCCGAAUUCCAGACCUUCGACAUCGCCGAGAAAGACCGGGCCGACCCCUGCGCGCACCGGCAGCUGCUCCUGGUGCAUCGGCGCAGCCCGCAGCAGACCAUGCAGCUGUGGCAGCAGCUUCGCAACCCCCAGCUCAAGUGCUGAUGGGGGGCUGAGCGCUGGCUGCAGGGGCCCCAGCCUCGGGCGGAGCGGGCCCUGGGGCAGCAGGGGCUCCGGCAGGGCUGGAGGGGGGCUGCCCGUGCUGGGGGGGCAGGACAAGAGAACGGGCCAAGCGGAAACGUGGUCCCGGCUCUCCGCCGCCAGACCGGCAAAUUCCCUCCCACUGCGUUUAACUGGCCCCCCAGCUGCGAGCUGGGCCAUGGACCUGGGCGCGCCUGGGGGGGGGGGGGGGCACUGCUCUGUGCAGCUGGCUGUCGUUCCCGGAUGGGCCAUUAAACAGUGUCUGG